CAAAAUGGCGUCCAAAGUUCCCUUGGAAUUUUGGUAGUCCUAUUCUAAAGUGAUCUACCUUGUAACGGCAGCCAGUUCAGGGCCAAAUAGAUCAGUGAGAUAUCGUUGAAAUAGUCUCUACCGAUCGCUUCCCUUCACAAACUAAGCAAAGCCUGAGGCUGAUGAAGAAUUAAAAUGACCGAUGGUUUUCCAUUUUGAUGGCAGAUACAGAUCAGCUCUUGAGUGUAAAUUCUUGGAGCAAGUUGAAGAAGACUUAGCAGAAUUUUGGAGUAUUUGUGGAGACAAUAGUGUUCUUGUGUUUCCUCCUCUGAGUGCUCAUUAUCGCUUCCUCAUUCACGAGCUUGUAGGACAAAAUUCCAAGCUUCAGACAGUGUCCGUAGGACAGGGACGGGAGAGAAGAACUGUUGUUUACUUUUCUCCUGAAAGAGAUCCAGAUAAGAUGGCACAUUCCCCUUCAACCUCACAAAAGACUUUUUUUGGAAGAGGAAGAGGCAGCAGACCAAGACGGCCUGACCAGGCACUGUAUGUUCCAGGAGCAUUGAGAAAAGCUAAGUGUGACCAGCUCAAGGAAAAUGCAAGUAAAGAAAGUACUGUAAACAGUGCAGAAAACAAAUCAGAAAACAGAGAAAUUUCAAAGAGCCAUAAAGACAGUAAUAAUGAUGAGACCAGCACCUUAUUUACUCCAAAAGAUGGCCGCGAUUCUAUCAAACCUAAGAGUGCUGUGCAUGAAGCCCAAACAUAUGAAUCAGCUUGCCACAGUAUACUUUCCACUUCUGAGAGAAAAGUUGAUAGUAACACAGAGGGAACAGAUAGUAUCUUUUUUGAUACAACUGUACAACAUACAAAUGGGCCAUCACAUCUGUUUAUCGAUGAGCAGUUAUGGAGUGAAAACAAAGAGUCAAAUAGGGAAAACAUGAUAGAAGAUGACAGUGAUCCAGUGGUAACAACAUCUGAGAAACUAACUAGUAAUGCUCUUGUCAAAGAAUUUGAUGAAAUGCCACAGAUCAGGGAUGAAACAGAUAAAAGCAUUGAAAAAACUGUGCAGAAAAUAACUGAUGAUCAAAGUUUAUGCACCAUUUCUAAAAAAGAAUCUAGCUAUGGUGAAACCGAUCAUAAGAAAGAUGUACAUGUAGAUGUGAACUGUGGUAUUUCUCAGACUCCAUUGGUAACAACCAAAAUAGGUGAUUACAAUGUGGAUAAGAGUCUUUCAACAUUUGAAGACAAAACUUGUGAUUACGCGAAGGAAAAACCUUUGACAGAAAAUGUAACUAUACCCGGCAAUCAAAAUCAAGCUAUGGUAAAAUCUGAAACGAACUGUGGAAAUGCCUCCAUAGUGGUGGCCAGGACAGAAGAAUCAAACUCACUUGGAACUGAAAAUCAGUCUUUUCAAGAUGAUUCCGUGAUAAAAACAAUUGAAGAUUCCGAAGCAGUAGUAGCUGAUUGUGCAACAGUUGGUUUUGAUGGUGAAGACAAUGUUGAACAGGAUGAAAGUCGGAAUGGGAAUGAGGAGACAUUUCAAAGUGGUUGUGAGAACAAAGGAAGCAGUAGAGCUCUAACAUUGCCUGGAAGUGGGGUUUUCAUUCACGAAGAGGCACUAACACAUGCUGUAAAACAUUAUGAAGAAGAUGUUGCAACAUGUGAAUUGAUUGGCAGUCAAUCAAAAUUGUUUAACGAUGAAAUCAUUAAAGAGGCAGAAUUGAGAACAUCAAAAGAGGCUUCAAUGGCUGUGUGCAAAAAUGCUGUGAAUUCUAAGAACAGCGCAGUGGUCACUAACGAUGAAAUCAUUGAGGAGGCAGAAUUGAGAACAUCAAAAGAGGCUUCAAUGGCUGUGUGUGAAAAUGCUGUGAAUUCUAAGAACAGCGCAGUGGUCACUUCAGAUGUUGUUAAUCUCACCUCUUCAAUUGAUUAUGAGAAUUUAGAAUCUGAAAACAAUAAGUCGGAAAGUAGGAAUUCAAUUGAUUCAAACAAUGAGAAAAUUAAAACACUGCCUAAAACUAUUGAGGAUGCUUCAGGGUUAGUGAGAACAGAAUUAAAUGAAAAUGUUGGUGAAGUUGAAACAGAGCAACAAAAAACAUCUAAGAAGAAGAAAGGAAAGAAAACUAAAACUAAAGAACAGACAGAGGACAAGAUAAAAUCUAAAGAGAAGGGAGAAAAAAAGAGAAAAAAGGAAAAGAAAAGUUUGAAGGAUAAAAUUGACAAAGAAGUGAACUUAGACUCUGAAGAGGAGAAGAAAUCAAAAUCUAAAGUGCAAUCAGCAAAGGAACAGGAUAAGAAAGUUCCCAGUACAUGUCAUAUAGUUACUGGGAAAAAAUUGGUGGCAGACAUUUUGUGUACGGGAGAAUCUUUCAGCGCAAAAGACGACAAUGAUGAUGAUGAUGAUGAUGACAACUGGGAAUCAAAUUUUGAUGAGAGUGGAGAUUGUCUAAAUCCAGAUUACUUUGAGGAGCUCUCAAGGUUAACAGGAAUAGCCAAUCCUGAAGUUCACAAGACUCAGUUUGACUACUACUCUUUCAAGCCAAGGCAAAUUGAAUUGGAUGAUGAAGAGUUUGGACAUAUAUUAGAAAUCUACAACUUUUCUUCAGACUUAACAACACAAGACUUGAUGCAGGCUCUAAGUUCCUUCAGGAGCAAAGGGUUUGACAUCAAAUGGGUAGAUGACACACAUGCUCUGGCAAUCUUUGCAAGUCGUCAUGCAGCACAAGAUGCUAUACAGUUAUGCUCAGGUCCAGUAAUGAAACUCAGGCCAGUCAGUGAAGGGACAAUAGAGUCAAAGAAGAAGGCACAUUAUUGUUCUGAGUUCCUGCAGCCCUAUAGGGAGAGACCACAGACCAGUAAGCUAUUAGCUGAUAGGCUAGUAACAGGUGCUCUAGGAAUGAGGUCAAAAAUGACCAGGGAGGAGAGGGUCAAGGAAAGAGAAAAAAUCAAGGAGGCAAAAAGCAAAAGGCAACAAGAGAAGAUCCAGAAAGCCCAGAUAUGGGGAGACUAAAGUCACUAAAGAACAUUUUAAAAUGCUUUUUAACAUUAUUUCAAGUAUUGUAAGUUAUUUUUAAUAAUAUUGAACAGUCUGGUAUUUUAAAGAACUAUCUCUCAUUUUAUAGCAAGUGUUUUUUCUUUUUUUUAUGCAUCCAUGUCAACAUGCUCUUUCAAUAAAAUAUCUCAGUGAGAUAACUAUGGAGUUGAUAUACGAAGGCACAUUUUGUAUUUGCGUGAGGCGUGUUAAAACAAGUUCUCUUUGCUAACCUUAGUAACAGCUGUAUUAAUCUAUCAGAAAGUUCCAAAACUAAGCUUAUGUUUGGAUUUAGCAGCUUUUUCCUGUUACUUCUUUUUGGGCUGGAUUUCAAGAGUAGUUUUCUCUCUUAAGGCUGAUUUUGGCCUGCAUAGGCAAGGGGGGAUUGAAAUAUUCUUAGUUGUAGCAUGCUACAUAAACUGGAAAUAAGCACUGGCCUAAUGAAACAACCAUUGUGCUUGAAUUUGACUUUAGUUGUUUUCUAGAAGAAAACUCUAGAAACUAAGAGUUCGGUAAAGAAACAAGUAAAUGCAAAGUGAUUUGAGAUUGGGAAAGGAAGCUGUUUCUUUGUUCUUUGAGUUAAAUUGCAAAAUGUUUGCAGACAUAAAUAUGUCUAUCCUCAAGGAAUGACAUCUCAAUGCAAAUUUGCAAGCUCCAAGCAAUGAGUUUACUUGAUGAGAAUUAUUCUUAUCAAGUAAACUCAUGCUGUCUGCAAUAUUAUAUUGGCUUCAGUGGGAGAUCCAGACC